AUGGCUACAGAGGAAAAAUUCGAACUUGUAUACAGGAAAAAAGUUAUAGAUGAUAAAGAUGGAGUUGAAAUAACGUGUAUUGCUGAAGGUCUUUAUCCUCAACCAACUUUAAACAUUUCCAUCGAAAAUAUUCCAGAGAGGCAAACUGAGAAUCCUAUUAUAACACUGCGUGACGACGGGCUGUACAAUAUCUUAUUACGUGUCACCUUACUGGAUGAAGAUUUACCAGAAACAACAAUUGUUAAAUGUUUGCUCAGCAUAUCAAGAGCAUCAUACAAUGUUUCUCGCAAAACUGUCUAUUACGCUGGUUAGUGAAUGUUUAUUUAUAUGUUUAUUUUUAUGAUAUACAUGU